CUAGGCACCCCCUCCCCCAGACGGCUGUCAGACCGGGACAGAGCAGCGAAGAGUUCUUGUUAUCCAAAGCUUUCCGCAUUCUUGUCUGUCUGCUUCGGCUGCUGAAGGGGCUGCCGCCUUCUAUCAGGAAAAGAAAGGGGCCUCAAACCUCUCAGAUCACGCCCUCUCCUAGGAAACUAUUGAGCACAGGAACAAGGAUGGCUGCUGAACCGAUAGAAGACAAUUGCAUCAGCUUUGUGGAAAUGAAAUUUAUUAACAAUACACUUUACUUUGUAGCUGAAAAUGAUGAAGGCCUGGAAUCAGAUCACUUUGGCAAGCUUGAACCUAAGCUCUCAAUCAUACGAAAUUUGAACGACCAAGUUCUCUUCAUUAACCAGGAAAAUCAACCCAUCUUUGAGGAUAUGCCUGAUUCUGACUGUUCAGAUAAUGCACCCCAGACUGUAUUUAUCAUAUGUAUGUAUAAAGACAGCCUCACUAGAGGUCUGGCAGUAACCAUCUCUGUGCAGUGUAAGAAAAUCUCUACUCUCUCCUGUCAGAACAAAAUUGUUUCCUUUAAGGAUAUGAGUCCUCCUGAUAAUCUUGAUGAUGAAGGAAAUGACAUCAUAUUCUUUCAGAGAAGUGUUCCAGGGCAUGAUGAUAAGAUACAAUUUGAGUCUUCAUUGUACAAAGGAUACUUUCUAGCUUGUAAAAAAGAGAAUGACCUUUUCAAACUCAUUUUGAAAAAAAAGGAUGAAAAUGGAGAUAAAUCUAUAAUGUUCACCGUUCAAAACAAGAACUAGAUAUUAAAAUUGCAUAGUUUGAACUUUCCGAGUUUUUGUCUUUCAAAAAGUUUAUGAGUUCGAACCUGUAAUUAUAAUGAUGUAAUAAAAUGAAUAAUGAUCUCAAAAGAUAGCACUGAAAAAUGAAUAAUAAGCUUUCACAAAAUUGACUUCCUCUUGUCCAGGCGAAUAAAAUAUUUGUAUAAUGCAAAAAGAAUGCAUAGUUUGAAAACACAUUAACAGUGUUAAUGGGAAAAUAGAUUAUAUUCAGUAGAAGUGUUUUGAAUCUUUUGGGUUAUUGGUCUUAAUGAUGAAUAAAACCAAUAUUUGAACUUUCUAGUUUUUAAGAAAAUAAUUAAAACCUUAAAGAUUGUAAGCUAUAAACUAGCAUAAACUGAUUCACUGUGUAGUCUUGAUCUAUCACCUCAUCCUUCUUUACUUUUACUUUUUGUUAGAAAAACAACUAUUCCAACCUUUCCCCAAAAAUACUUCAUAGAGAUGUUGUGAGGAAUUAUUUGACUUUCUGGAAAUUGCUUUCAGUUACAAGAAAAUUGCAGAGAAAAAUUAUGUGUAAAGCAAAAUUACCUAAGCAUUUGUGUAAGAGAAUAAACAAGGAAGAGUAUUUCAGUUCAAGAAUUAAUACGUUAACUCAAGUUAUGAUUAAAAGGUAUCAUAGUUAUUGGAAAUUUUUAAAAAAGCAUUUUAUAAAGAGCCCACUUCACUUGACUAGUUUUUGCAUUUCUUCCAAAGUCAGGAUAUCUUUAAAAGUCAGAUUGAUCCUGAACCCAGCAACAUAUAAAAAGGAUUGUACACUUUGACCAAGUACCAUUCAAUCCAGGAGUGCAAAGAUGGUUUAAUAUUCUAAAAUCAAUUAAUGCAAUAUACCAUAUUAAUAGAAUAAAGGAUAAAACCCCACAAUCAUCUCAAUAAAUGCAGAAAAGGCAUUUAACAAAAUCUAGUGCAUAAUAAAAAUUCUCAACAAACUUGUAAAAGAAGAGAAAUUCCUCAGUGUGAUACACGGCAUCCAUGAAAAGCUAACGCUAAUGUCAUACUUUAAUGGUUAAAAAAAAAAAAGCAAGAAUUUCAGCUCUUGUGACUACUGUUCAGCAUCAUGCUGGAGGUUGUAGCCAGUACAAUCACAAGAAAAAGAGAAAUAAAAGGCAUCCAGGUUAAAAAGGAAAAAUAAAACUGUCCUUAUUUGCAGACAACCUAAUUCUAAAUGUAGAAGAACCUAAGGAAUAUACAUGCAUGUGUACAUACAAACCCCUGUUAAAAUUAAUAAACAAGUUCAGUGAUGUCACAGAAUGCAAGAUUACUGUACAAAAAUAAAUUGUAUUUUUAUAUAUGAGAAUGAACAAUCUGAAAAUAAAAAUAAGAAAAAUCUGUUCACAAUAAUAUUUAAAAGAAUAAAAUGCUUAUGAAUAAAUUUAGCAAAAAAAAAAGCAAAUCUUGAGCACUGAAAAUUUCAAAACAUUGCUGAGGAAGAUUAAAUAUGAUCUAAAUAAAUGGAGAAAUAUUUCACAUUCACAUUUUGAAAGACCUGAUAUCGUUAAGAUGGCAGUUCUCCCCCAAUUGAUCUAUAGAUUCAACUCAGUCUCCAUCAAAAUUCCAGCAGGCUUUUUUGCAGAAGUUGACUUGUACCUGAAAUGUAUGUGGAAAUCCAAAAGACACAGAAGAGCCAAAAUUUUUUGAAAAAGAAUAAAGUAGGAUAACUUUCAUUUCCUAAACUUAGAACUUAAUAUAAGCUGCAGUAAUCAGAACAGUUUGGUACUGACACAAGAAUAAACAUAUAUAUCAAUGGAACAGAUUUGAGAGUCCAGAAAUAAACCCUUAUAUUUAUGACCAAUUAAUUUUUGACAAAGGCAGUUUGAUAGAAGAGUUUUCAACAAAUGGUGCUGGGAUAACUGAAUGUCCAGAUGCAAAACAAGCAUCGGCUAGACCCUUACUUCACACUAUAUACAGAAAUUAAUUCAGAAUCAAUCUGAGACAUUAACAUAAGAGCUGAAGUUAUAAAAUUUUUAGAAUAAAACAGGAGAAAAUGUCAAGACCUUGGGUUAGGCAAAGAUUUUUUUAAACACAACCGAAGAAGCAUGAUUCAGAAAAUAAAAAUUUAAUAAAUUGGACAUAAUAAAAAUCAAAAUUUGUGAGUUAAACUGGAUGAAUGGUAUAGGGGACCCCUCAAUAGUAUCUUUGUAACUUUAUGUGAAUAUUGUUUCAAAUUUUAAAA